AUGUACAUCCACUGGACCCACUACUAUCUUCCAAAAGUUUUUGGGGUACUAUCCUUCAUUCUGAAUCCAUUUUUCAUCUGGCUAAUACUCAAUGAAAACAUUACUGCUCUGGGAAGUUAUCGAUACCUGUUGGUCACCUUUGCCAGCUUUGAUAUAAUUUAUACAUUGGUGGAGUUAGCUGUACCUAUGUCUAUUUUUGGGACAGGGGCUGCUUUUGCAGUUUUUGUAUCCGGUGGGCCUUUUUAUGGGACAGGAAAACUUGGACAAUUUGCUCUCUCCGUCCGAUGUGGAUUCAUUUCUCUCUCAUACGGAAUCCUAGUUAUUCAUUUUGUCUAUCGAUACUCUGUAUUCACACAAAUAUCACAUCAAAAACUUGGUUUCUGGGCGCUUCUUGGUCUUUUCAUUUUCCUCAUUUCUCAUGGUAUUGUGUGGAGUUCAGUCUGUGAGCUUUUGCUCUAUGGAGAUCAAAAAGUUGCUGACUAUAUUUAUAAACAAUUCAUGAAGGAUUAUCAUGUUGAUUCACAUGGAUUAUUUUUUCUAAUGGGUUUAUUUUAUGAUGGAAGCUCUGAGAUUGUGAGAAGAAGCUGGGGUGGUAUUCUAAUUUUAACAGGGGUUUCUUUUUAUGCAGCGCCUCUUUAUUUCAUUCUCGCUUGGAAAAUUGUGAGAAAAUUAGCAAAUGAUAAUCCAGGAGUAUCAGUGAUUACACAGAAAUUGAACAGACAUUUAUUCAAAGCUUUAGUAGUUCAGACGCUCAUCCCAAUUUGCAUAUGCUUUUUCCCCUGUAUGGUCGCCUGGUACGGGCCUGCCUUUGGUGUCAACUUCGGAAAUUGGAGUCGCUAUUUGGGUGCUGUUGCAUUUUCUGCCUUCCCUGAUUUAGAUCCCCUCGCAAUUAUUUUACUGCUUCCCUACUAUCGUAACAAACUUUUUGGUAUCGCUAAGAAACCCAUAACUUUUUUGCACUCCGGUACUUCAACUGUCCGACCAAAUGUUGUGAGGCAACCCAUAUAA